AAGUUAUUUUCCCUCUUCCUUUCAGUCUGUGAGGAGGAUGGAGCUGGAAAUCUAAAUAGGGCAGCUGGAGCCUGCAGAUUUCCAGCCAAGCUCCAAGCCUGACCUUCUUUACCUACUUAGCCCUUCAUCGAAUCUCCCCGAUCUCUCUCCGGCCCCACAGAUUCCUCGACCCUCUGACCAUGAACCUCUGGGCUGUGCUUUGCUUGUCACUGCUCGUGGUAGAGCUCCAAAAUGGUGUCUGCCAGCAGGUCAAGCCAAUAAAAGACAGAGGAGAGAACCGCAUCCGACCAGCUGGGAAACGAGUAAAGGUAUGGUCUACGCUGAAAGACGGAAGAGGCAGAAGCCAGUCCCUUCUGACCCAGGUGCUGGACAAAGGCCGCUUCCUUCGCCUGGGCCAGAGCACCACUUUGACUCCUGGGAAAAACAUGGAGCUGCGCUGCAAAGGCAACAACAUUGGAUGGUCGUACCCAACCUACCUGGACACUUACAAUAGCUCGCGCCUCAGCAUCAAGCAAAGCGACAAGUACAGUCAGCUGAUCCUGACGUCGCCCUCUGCUGCAGACACAGGGGCCUACAGCUGCUGGGUGAUAAUCUGUGAUGGCACAGAGUGCGAGAAGGACCACGAUCGCACCUACGUCUCAUACAUCUAUUUCACAGACAAAGACAACCUCUUCGUCCCGUCCGCCGUGCACUUUGAGAUCGUAUAUCUGCGCCCGGAUCAGCCUGCCGUGGUCCCCUGCCGUGUGACCGAGCCGCAGGCCAAGACGUCCCUGCACAGAGAGGUCCCCCCGGAGGAGAUCACAGCAAAUGGGACUCUGAUGACAUACGAUCCCACAAAGGGGUUCAUCCUGCCAAACCCCAGGCCAGAGGAUCAGGGGGUCUUCUACUGCAAGGCUGUGACCACGGACACCCCUCAGAUCUCCACAAAGUUCCAGCUGCUUUAUGUGGAGGUUCCCAGUGGGCCGCCAUUUGUGAGCCUUAAAGCUUCUCCAGACUCGGUGAGAGGAGGUGACAACAUCAAUGUAACCUGCACAGUGCUGGGAGAACCAGAUGUGGACAUGAGCUUCACUUGGUCUUAUCCUGGUCAGGACUACCGCCCUGUCCACAUCCAGACUUCCUGGAGGCUGGUUAACAGAGGUUUGGGCUACACUACGCGCAUCACGCAGAGCAUCCUGACCGUAGAGGACAUGGAAACCAUCGACUUUGGAGACUACAUCUGUAAAGCCAAGAGUAAGCAUGGCGAGACAGUCGUGGCGACCACCGUCAUCUCCAAAUAGCCACAACAACUGGACCUGCUGGUUAUAUUUGAUAUUUAAGAGUUUUUGGCAAAUUGUUGACUUAGAAAUGACACAUCAACCACAUGAAAUCAGCAUGUAUAUAAAAAAUAAAUAAAUUUUU